AUGACAGGAAUAGGCAGGGGGCAAAUUGGAGGAACCACCCCAGAUCUGGAAGAACAGGAAGAACAUAGGGAAGAAGUUCUGCCUAGGCCAUAUAGGGCGGAACCCAGGAUUGAUUACGCCCAACCAGAACAGGGGCAAAAUCUCCUCCCUAUUAAUGCUUUAAAUGACGUAUGGGCAUUGCAAAGGAUGAUUAGAGAAAUGAUGGAGCCUGAAGCCAGAAGGGGAGAGAGGCCCACCUACAGAAAGCCAUAUCCACCUUACAUUGAUCAGAUACCCUUAUCCCCAGGUUUCAAAGUGCCAAACUUCACCGGUCAAGCACAUAGGCAGAUUUUCUGUCCAGUGCAUAGCCAUAGAGAAUAA